AUGUUUAAAUCACUGACAGUAAAAUUCAACAAGGUAAAGCCAGAAGAGGCAGAUGAGAAUAAAGAGAAUCAUCGUCCAAGUGAUCCAUCUCAGGCAUCCACCAGACAGGGAGAAAGUAAAAAUGAGAAGAAAUCUCACAAAACCAAGAUAUCUCCAGUCACAUAUGAAGAAGUGGACACCAAAGUACAAGCUCAAACUUCAAAAAAAACCUCCCCCCACCAUGGCACCAUAACCCCUGACUCUCAAAACCCACCAAAAGCAACAGAAACAGUGCCAGAGCAGAAGGAAACAGAGACUGCAAAAGAAGACAGCUCAAGAGCCCCUUCAUCUUCUCCUGCACAUUCUGAUAUCUGCAACUCCUUCCUACUUCCUGUUCCUCGGAGAACUCUCCAAACAAGCUCCUGCAUACAAAGCUCCUCCCGAGAGUCCAGUACAGCAAUGCAGCCCAAGACCGGUCUCUGUCCAAAAAGCAAACCACCCAGUGCUCCUCUUAUUAAUGAGUAUGCUGAUGCCCAAAUACACGACUUGGUAAAAAGGAUGCGACAACGAACAGCCCUCUACAAGAGAAAGUUAAUAGAAGGAACUUUAUCCUCACCAGAAGGGAGCCCACAACCUGCAAAGCCCACAGCUCCCACAGCUGCACCGUCAGGACAAGGAAUUGAUGCUAAGUUAGAAGACCACUACUACAGAAUAUUGUGUUUUAAACUCCGGAAGAUUCCUCUGACAGAUUACCUAAAAAAAAUUAGACUUCCGAGAACCAUAGAUUCAUACACAGAUCGACUCUAUCUCUUCUGGCUCCUGCUUGUCUCCGUGGCCUAUAACUGGAACUGCUGGCUUAUCCCAGUGCGCAUAGUCUUCCCAUAUCAAACACCAAACACCACACACUACUGGUUUAUUACCGAUCUCGUGUGUGAUAUCAUCUACUUGUGUGAUAUGAUGCUGAUCCAGCCCAGACUCCAGUUUGUAAAAGGAGGAGAGAUAAUAGUGGAUGAAAAUGAGCUAAAGAGACACUACAAGAGCUCCACAAAAUUUCGGUUGGACUUUGCAUCAGUAAUACCAUUUGAUGUUUUCUACUUCUUCUUUGGAUUUAAUCCAAUAUUUAGAGCAAAUAGGACAUUAAAGUAUGUCUCAUUUUUUGAGUUUAAUCACCGCCUAGAGUCUAUAAUGGACAAGGCAUACAUCUACAGAGUCAUUAGAACAACUGGAUACUUGCUGUUUACUCUGCACAUCAAUGCCUGUAUUUAUUACUGGGCUUCAAACUAUGAAGGAAUUGGCACCACUAAGUGGGUGUAUGAUGGUGAAGGAAACAAAUAUCUGAGAUGCUUUUAUUGGGCAGUUCGAUCUUUAAUUACCAUUGGAGGUCUUCCAGAACCACAAACCACAUUUGAAAUUGUUUUUCAACUCUUGAAUUUCUUUUUGGGAGUUUUUGUGUUCUCCAGCUUGAUUGGUCAGAUGAGAGAUGUAAUUGGAGCCGCCACAGCCAAUCAGAACCACUUCCGUGCCUGCAUGGAUGAGACCAUUGCCUACAUGAACACUUACUCCAUUAUCAAAAGUGUACAGACCCGGGUUCGGACUUGGUAUGAUUAUACAUGGGACUCUCAAAGGAUGCUAGAUGAGUCUGAACUGCUGGAGAACCUGCCAACCACCAUGCAGUUAGCCCUCGCUGUGGACAUGAACUUCACCAUCAUCAGCAAAGUCGACUUGUUCAAGGGUUGUGAUACACAGAUGAUUUAUGACAUGUUGCUAAGAUUGAAAUCCACUAUCUAUUUACCUGGUGACUUUGUCUGCAAAAAGGGAGAAAUCGGCAAAGAAAUGUACAUCAUCAAACAUGGAGAAGUUCAAGUUCUUGGAGGCCCGGAUGGCACUCAAGUUCUAGUUACUCUGAAAGCUGGGGCAGUGUUUGGAGAAAUCAGUCUUCUAGCAUCAGGUGGAGGAAACCGCCGAACAGCCAACGUGGCAGCUCAUGGUUUUGCCAAUCUUUUGACACUGGACAAAAAGACCCUCCAAGAAAUUCUAGUCCAUUACCCAGAUUCGGAAAAACUCCUCAUGAAGAAAGCCAGAGUGAUUCUAAAACAGAAGGGUAAGACUGCAGAGGCAACUCCUCCAAAAAAAGGGUAUGCCUUUCUCUUCCCACCUAAAGAAGAGACACCCAAAAUGUUUAAAGCUCUGCUUGGAGGUAAAGGAAAAGCAGGGCUUGCAAGAUUACUCAAACUGAAGAAAGAACAAACAGUUCAGAGAAAAAGUGAAGACUCUGAAGAAGGAGAGGAUAAAGGAAAAGCACAUGAAGAUAAAGGAACGGAGCAAGCAGAAAAAGCACCGGAUGAACCCAACUGUGGAGCAAGUCCUUCUCCUAAGGAGCAAGUGCCCAAGUCAAGUCCGAAAAAGGAGUCAUUACCUAGAGGGACUACCUGUCAGUCACUCAUCAUCAGCAUGGCUCCCUCUGCUGAGGCCGGAGAAGAGAUUCUGACCAUCGAAGUCAAGGAGAAGAGACUCUGA